AUGCUUGUUCUCUUCUUGUGCAAUCUUUUCUUGGUACCAGCGGCUGCUUCAAAGAAUAAAGUUAAAGGCAGCCAAGGGCAGUUUCCACUCACACAGAAUGUAACGGUUGUUGAAGGCGGAACUGCAAUUUUGACCUGCAGGGUUGAUCAAAAUGAUAACACCUCCCUCCAGUGGUCAAAUCCAGCUCAACAGACUCUGUACUUUGAUGACAAGAAAGCCUUAAGAGACAAUAGAAUCGAGCUGGUUCGGGCUUCCUGGCAUGAACUGAGUAUCAGCGUCAGUGAUGUCUCUCUGUCUGAUGAAGGACAGUACACCUGUUCUUUAUUUACAAUGCCUGUCAAAACUUCCAAGGCCUAUCUCACUGUCCUGGGUGUUCCUGAGAAACCUCAAAUUAGUGGAUUUUCAUCCCCAGUUAUGGAGGGAGACUUGAUGCAGCUGACUUGUAAAACAUCUGGUAGUAAACCUGCAGCUGAUAUAAGAUGGUUCAAAAAUGACAAAGAGAUUAAAGAUGUAAAAUAUUUAAAGGAAGAGGAUGCAAAUCGCAAGACGUUCACGGUCAGCAGCACACUGGAUUUCCGAGUGGACAGAAGUGAUGAUGGCGUGGCGGUCAUCUGCAGAGUAGACCAUGAAUCUCUCAAUGCUACCCCUCAGGUGGCCAUGCAGGUGCUAGAAAUACACUAUACACCAUCAGUUAAGAUUAUACCAUCUACUCCUUUUCCACAAGAAGGACAGCCUUUAAUUUUGACUUGUGAAUCCAAAGGAAAACCACUGCCAGAACCUGUUUUGUGGACAAAGGAUGGUGGAGAAUUACCAGAUCCUGACCGAAUGGUUGUGAGUGGUAGGGAGCUAAACAUUCUUUUCCUCAACAAAACGGAUAAUGGUACAUACCGAUGUGAAGCUACAAAUACUAUUGGCCAAAGCAGUGCAGAGUAUGUUCUCAUUGUACAUGAUGUUCCCAACACUUUGCUUCCCACUACUAUCAUCCCCUCCCUUACCACUGCAACAGUCACAACCACUGUAGCCAUAACAACCUGCCCAACCACAUCUGCAACAACCAGCAACAUAAGAGAUCCCAAUGCUCUGGCUGGCCAGACUGGCCCUGAUCAUGCUCUUAUAGGAGGAAUCGUGGCUGUAGUUGUAUUUGUCACUCUCUGUUCUAUAUUUUUGCUUGGACGAUAUCUGGCAAGACAUAAAGGAACAUAUUUAACAAAUGAAGCUAAAGGAGCUGAAGAUGCACCAGAUGCUGACACAGCCAUUAUCAAUGCUGAGGGCAGCCAAGUCAAUGCUGAAGAAAAAAAAGAAUAUUUCAUUUAA